AUGAAUACAUCCUCAGCGAAGUUCGUUACCAUCAAUGAAUUACGUGUUUUUGAAUUAAAACAAGAAUUGGAAAAGCGUGGACUUGAUAAAAGUGGCAUUAAGCUGGCACUUGUUGAGCGUCUUGAAGCGGAAAUCGUCGAUGAUAAGAGCAUCGAAACGAAAUUGCUUGUUGAUGUUAAAAAGUCUGAAGAAAAGGAAGUGGAAACAGAUGAAAAAAUAAUGAAAAAUAGAUCUAACGAGAAAAAUUCAUCUAAUGUCGCAUCUACUGCCAACGUACAAACGGUGGAAUCCACUCCGGUUGAUACUAGUACGGUUGCGCAUCCACAAUGCAGUGCUAGGAAAGAAAAAUUUGCUGAAAACUCAUUGUGGAUUAAAGGCAUUAGUCCUACCACAAAGGCUGCAGAUCUUAAAGUAGUUUUAGCGAUAUUUUCAAAAUUCGGCCGUGUGAUUACCGCCAAAAUAUUUACACGACGCCAGCAGCCAUCGAGCACUUGUUUUGGUUUUGUUACGAUGAUUGAUGCUGCUGCCGCGGAUCUGUGCGUGCAAAAACUUCAUAAGACAACUGUCAAUGGGCGUAUAAUAGUUGUCGAGCGUGUAUGUUUUUUCAGUUUAUUUUUCGAUGAUUUUGGUGUCGCAGAUCGAUCAACUAUGCCUGUUGUAAAAUCAAUAUCUAAAAAGAAUACGCUUACAUCCGUACCGGUAGCUGCUAAAGAGUCUGCAACAGACAGUGAAACUGCAAAUGUGAAAAAAACAUCCACUGGUGAACAAAAAACUCUCACAGAAAAGCCAGUGAAAAAGGAGAAAGAAUCGUUGUAUAAAGAAAACGAAAAGCGAAUUAGCAGUAAUUCAGUAAUCGAAAAAGAAAAGUCUGCUGCAGGAAGUGGUCGAAGUAGCUUAAAACGUGAUUCGGAAACCGUUCUCAAGAAAACUCCCGUUAAAGGUCCAGUAACAAACGGUAUUUAUUGUGAGAUUUUUUAUUCAUAUUUUUUGUAUUCUAAUGGCAACGCGAUAUUCAUAUUUGCAGUCAAUUCUGGCAGAGAACCCUUUUUUUCAUGA